AUGAAUGGUGACGAAGAAGAUCAUAGCAAUUUGAUAGGAAUUAGUAUUGAUCCUAUAGUAGCAGAUGAUUUGAAUAACAAUCAAAGGAAUGGCGGGACAAUCACGAUCAUGGACGAAUUGGAUGUUCCACGGGAGAUUGUCUUGCAACGCAUUCUAGAAUUGGUACACAGCAAGGUGGUUCGUCCAUUGUUUGUGCCUAGUUCGAAUAACUCUAAUGAUGGUGACGAUACUGAUGAUGAGGAUAAAACUACUAACCAGCACUCAGCAGCUCCCGAAAUGAUUGAAAUUGACAACAAAAGCUUUUAUCAUCUGUCCCAUUGCCGUUCAUUGACUUCCAUCCUAUUGGUGGCCUCCUAUUGUCAAAAGUUGUUACUUUCUAACCGGACCACUACAAUGCGAGAAGUUUACUAUUACUACGUCACUCAUUUUUUUCAUCAAAAGGAGUGCGACAAGGCCAUUUGGGAUUUGGCACGAAUCCUUCAGGUUUCCAGAUCGUCCUUGGGACUUUAUGCAUCACCCAAGGGAUGGUUUUGUGGAUGCAUUGAUUUAUUCAACCAGCAAGGAAAUCUGGUAUUGAAUGGUCGUGAAUUGGACAAUCUUCAUGGAAUGCCCAUUACGUCCACCAUUCACAAGCAACAUACCAACAUGGCAUCCCAUGACGCUCAAUUCAUUUUGGUCAUUGAAAAGGAGGGCGUCUACACUCGUUUGGCCGAAGACAAAUUCUUUUUGAGGGAGGCCUGCAUUUUGGUCACGGGCAAGGGAUUUCCUGACAUGGCCACCCGUCAAUGGGUCCGACAAAUGGCUUCCACUUUGCAAUUGCCAGUCUAUGGAUUGGCCGAUUGCAAUCCGUAUGGCAUUGCCGUCUUGCACUCGUAUCAAUAUCAAGAAUCCUAUGCUCAGCGUCAAGCUGCUACUACUGCUGCUGCUGCUGCUUCCAAUAGCAAUACUACACGCAAUACUACACGCAAUACUACUACAAGCGACAACAUGGAGGAACGACCAUUUGUCAUUCAAUGGUUAGGACUUCGACCCAGUCAACUCUUGUUGGAUCCCCAAUUGAACAACAACAACAAGUCCUCGGCCUUGCCUUCCAAUGUCUUUCAAGCCUUGACGGACCGGGACGCCAAACUCUUGCAAAAGUUUCAAUCCUGUGUUUUGGACCAAUAUCAUCCAUUUGUCCAAGAGGGACUCGACCCAGAGCAACGAUGGCAAGAGUUGGAAUUGUUGAACGAAAAGGUGGAAUUGGAAGCCUUGAAUUGGAAGGGAAUGGAUUUCUUGUCCCAAUGGGUCCAGAAUUUGGUUGUACAAGCCAAACAGAAGCAGAAGCAGCGGAAGACGAAUGCUGGAACAAUGCUAGCUCAACAUGGGGGUGGCGAGUUGCACAAUCCUAACCGCCAAUCGCAACCACCCCGUGCCAAGGAUGACAGUACUUCCGCAGAGGUGCGAAUGAAAUGGAACCAAAUCAUUUAG